AUGUUACGAUAUGAUAAUGUCGUCUGCUCAGAAAUAGCAGGAUUCAUAUCAAUAGCUUGUUGGAUGGUAGUUGGUUUUCCACAGCUUUAUGAAAAUUAUAAGCGAAAGUCAGGUGAUUCAGUAUCACUACCUUUCGUUUAUAUAUGGUUACUUGGUGACUUUUUUAACUUGCUCGGUGCUAUCUUACAAAAUUUAUUGCUAACAGUGUAUAGAAAUUAUGACUUCGACGAAGAAGUAUCUCUUCUUCAAUCAAUGCGCACUGAUUCACAAACAUCUCAAACAUCUCAAACAUCUAUAUAUCAAUCAAGGGUCAAACAAUCCUUGGAAAUAUUAAUAGGACUUGUUGGUGUUUGUGUUGCUGGAGUUAUUAUGUAUUAUAUCUCUACUCUAUUUAGGAAUAAUGAAAAGGAUGGGAAAGAUGGUCAACAACAUAUGGAAUUACUACCACAGAUUUUUGGAUGGUGUAGCGCCAUGCUUUAUCUUGGUGCAAGAAUUCCUCAAAUUAUUCAGAAUCAUAAGUCACAAUCUACUGAAGGAUUAUCACUAGCUAUGUUUUGUUUUUGUGUUUUGGGAAACGUUACAUUUUGUUCG